AUGGCUCCGCCCCGACGUGUAUUGAUUGUUGUGACAUCGGCUAAGGCGCCUCUGUACCCAGACGGUGGUGAGACCGGUGUGUUCAUUUCGGAGGCGAUGCACCCCUUUGAUGGGUUCCGUAAGGCUGGCUUUGAGGUCGAUCUAAUCUCGGAGACAGGCUCGUAUUCUCCCGAUGCCCUUUCGCUGACCCAGCCAUGGAUCAGCGAGGAGGAGUUGAAGGUGUACAACGAUCACUCGUCCGAGUUCCGCUCGAAGCUGGAUCACCUUCUGACGCCACAGGACGUCGAUGCGUCACGCUACGGUAUUUUCUUUGCUUCGGCAGGCCAUGCGUCGCUCAUUGACUAUCCGGAAGCCCGAGGCUUGCAAACAAUCGCCAGUCAGAUCUGGGCCAACGGUGGGAUUGUCUCUGCUGUGUGCCAUGGUGGUGCAAUCUUCCCUGGCAUCAAGGAUGCGUCAGGUAAGUCCAUUAUUCAUGGCAAGGAAGUGACAGGCUUCACGACGCAAGGUGAAGAGGAAGAAGGCGUGCUGGACACCAUUGAGAAGUGGAAUCGCCCUACCAUUGAGAAAUCCGCCGCAGACGCCGGUGCGAAGUACAUAGCGCCUCCCGGUCCCUGGGCCGCUUUUGCGCAUACAGACGGUCGCCUUGUCACAGGUGCCAAUCCACAAAGCGGACAUGUCGUCACUGAGGCGGCGAUCCAGGCGUUUGAAAAGCUCUAA